UAGUUUGCGUUUUCGGAGUUCUCUUUCCAUUAACGAUAACUUCUUGUUGUUCGUGGGACAUGAUAAAAACCACAACAGCAAGCAAAAGGCAAAAACAACAUCCAUCGCCACUCCUUCCCACCGUACCCACCACCCAAAUUGCCAUUUCAACUCUCUCUCUCCGUCUCUCAGGCCAGAAUCCAAACGCGAACUAUGCAACCCCACCAGCCGGAGCAACAGCGACCACUGCUAGUGGACUCGGACACGGAAGAAGAAGAGACAGCCUACGACUCGGCCGAGAAGGUCCUGAUCAUCGGCGUCGAUGAAGACGAGGCCGAAGGAUCCGACUCCGCCGGCGGCUUGCCGCCGUUCUCUUGGAAGAAGCUGUGGCUCUUCACUGGGCCGGGAUUCCUGAUGAGCAUAGCGUUCCUGGACCCUGGGAACCUGGAGGGCGAUCUCCAGGCGGGCGCGAUCGCCGGGUACUCGCUGCUGUGGCUGCUGCUGUGGGCCACGGCCAUGGGACUGCUGGUGCAGCUUCUUUCGGCGCGGCUCGGCGUGGCUACCGGGCGCCACUUGGCCGAGCUCUGCAGGGACGAGUACCCGACAUGGGCGAUGAUGGUGCUGUGGGUGAUGGCCGAGUUGGCUCUCAUUGGGGCCGAUAUUCAGGAGGUUAUUGGGAGUGCCAUUGCUAUCAAGAUUUUGAGUAAUGGGGUUUUGCCUCUCUGGGCCGGGGUCAUCAUUACCGCUUUAGAUUGUUUUAUCUUUCUAUUUCUUGAGAACUACGGUGUAAGGAAAUUGGAAGCAGUUUUUGCCGUUCUCAUUGGGACAAUGGCAGUCACAUUUGCUUGGAUGUUUGGUGAAACGAAGCCCAAUGGCGUGGAACUCCUUCUUGGUAUUUUGGUUCCAAAACUGAGCUCCAAAACAAUACGGCAGGCUGUUGGAGUCGUGGGUUGCAUUAUUAUGCCUCACAAUGUGUUCUUGCACUCGGCUCUUGUGCUAUCAAGGGAGGUUGACCAUAGCAAGAAGGAGCGAGUCCAAGAAGCUAUCAGAUACUACUCCAUUGAGUCCACUGUUGCCCUCGUUGUGUCAUUCAUUAUCAAUCUAUUCGUUACGACUGUGUUUGCCAAAGGCUUUUAUGGUACAGAGACAGCCAAUAGCAUUGGCCUUCUAAAUGCAGGACAGUUUCUUCAAGAGAAGUACGGGGGUGGACUUUUCCCAAUUCUCUAUAUCUGGGGUAUUGGGCUAUUAGCAGCUGGCCAAAGUAGCACCAUUACUGGUACUUAUGCUGGGCAGUUUAUCAUGGGAGGUUUCCUAAACUUGAGGUUGAAAAAAUGGUUGAGGGCAUUGAUCACACGAAGUUUUGCAAUCAUCCCAACUAUUAUUGUUGCUCUUGUCUUUGACACCUCUGAGGGCACGCUAGAUGUUCUAAAUGAAUGGCUUAAUGUUCUUCAGUCAAUACAAAUUCCCUUUGCACUUAUACCCCUGCUUUGUUUGGUGUCAAAGGAGCAGAUCAUGGGCACUUUUAGAAUUGGCCCUGUUCUCAAGAUGGUUGCAUGGCUUGUGGCAGGGCUGGUAAUAGUGAUUAAUGGGUAUCUUUUGGUGGAUUUCUUCUCCUCUGAAGUGAAGGGGGUGUUGUUCAGCACUGCUGUGAGUGUGCUUACAGCUGUAUACGUUGCAUUUAUAGCUUACCUUGUUGCCCGGGGUGUUACCUGUUUAAGUUGGUGCAGAUGAUCCAAGAGUUUAGCUGAGACAGGAAAUUGAGUAAUCAAUCUCGAUCGUCAGUUUUAAUUGCAAGAUGUUUGAAACAAUGCAGUCUUAAUAACUACCAGAUCGUCAAAAGCGCUGUCAGACUGCAGUUCACAGAAGACUUUCUUGAUCAAACAUGGCCUUCAAUCUUUAAGCAUAUCUCAGUUGUGUACAAAUAUGAAAAUCAGUGGCUUAAAUAUUUAUUUUUUAAUAUGAUCUGUAUUAAGCAACUCAGUGUAGUUGUUUCUGUAUGAUACAAUUUAUUUAAUAUCCUCUGUCCCAUACUGGGAGUGGGGACUGAAGGAAUCACGGCUGCAUGAGCCUGCUUUUGAGACAACCUAUGGUUGCAGCACCUGUACUCAAACUUGGCUUCACAUUAGUAAUUGAAAGUUUUAGUGAAUUCUGUU